GUUCGUUAUCUUCGUAUUUAGUGACAGGGUGGUAAAGAAUAUAAUCUAGAACAGUACUUAUAUUCAUCGAAGUGGUUUCAACAGGUAUGACCCUGUAAACGGAAGAACUGGCAGAAGCUAGGAUGGCGGGUGGACACAGGCGGCAGGAAAGCAUGUACGCCAUGACCGGGCUGUACAGCGAGCCCGAGGGGGACUCGGAGCCCGGGACCAGCCAGGAGUCGAGGCUAGCCUCCGCCGACCAAAAAAGAAGCAUUCCUUCCCAAACGGCUGAUCACCCCGUGAAGUGCCACUCGAGGAACCUGUCCUCCGGCCUUGAUAAGAGGAACGGGCAGGCACCCAUUUUCCCCGAACACCACAUUAAGUGCCAUACUAGGAACCUCUCGUCUGGCUUCAUCGAGAGGCGAAGCGUGCCACCUCUAGAACAUCUUGUCAAGUGCCACUCUCGAAGUCCGUCCUGCGGUUUUAUCGAUAAACGAAGUACCCCCGCACCGCUCGCCCAACAAGAGCACCACAUCAAGUGUCAUUCACGAACACCUUCAGCUGGGUUCAUAGACAGCUCCGAACGAGCAAAGCAAGAAACUAAGGAAAAAUGCCACUCCACGUUCGCAGAAGUGGCGGCUAUCUUACCGCAGGACAUCAGGGACUGUGGAAUCAUGGCCUGCAGACCUUUUCUCAUCCAAUCCUGUGCCAAUAUAAAGGUGUUCGUUCUGCUGCUGUCCCUCCUGGUCACCUUACAACAAGCCCUCAGUUCAGGGUACAUCAACUCCGUCAUAACAACCAUCGAGAAGAGGUUCGAGAUACCAAGUUCCCUAUCCGGCCUCAUCGCGUCCUCCUACGAGAUUGGAAACGUAACCACGGUUAUCUUCGUCAGCUACCUAGGAUCGAGGAGGCACAUCCCCGUAUGGAUUGGAAUAGGUGCUGUCAUAAUGGGUGUUGGCUCCCUGGUCUUCAUGCUACCACACUUUACUGCUGAACCACCAUCCGGAUCUGUAAUGGUCAAUUCUACUUCAGAUAACAUAUGUAAGACAGUCUCAGUGAGGGAACAAGAUAUGGUCCUUGGAAGGUUUUCAGGACUGUCUGCACCACCAUUAGCUCCUCAUAACAACCUGCGAGAGAACUGCAUACAGGGCAGUCCCUCAACAACUGGACCUGUUUUAUUGUUUCUCCUGGCACAGCUUCUCCUAGGCUGUGGUGGGUCACCUCUUUUCACUUUGGGCACCACGUAUAUUGAUGAUCAUGUCAAGUCAGAAAAUGCAUCAAUAUAUAUAGGUUGUAUGUACAGCAUGGCAGCCUUUGGCCCAGUCUUAGGUUUUCUUCUUGGUGCAUAUCUUCUGUCUUUUCACAUGGACGCUUUAUCAACUUUUCCGAUCGAAAUAGAUCCUGGAGAUAGAAGCUGGGUUGGAAUGUGGUGGGGAGGAUUUUUAAUCUGUGGUCUUCUCUUAGUGAUUGUUGCUAUACCUUUCUUUUCAUUCCCAAAAGUUUUGACGAGAGAAAAGGAGAAGAUCAGAUUGAUGGAAAAAAAUAAUUUGGCAACACAAAAGGCUGGUGAAACUGUUAAUCAAGGUGCCAGCAGUUCAAACAAGGAUUCUGCCUACGGCAAAGACAUAAAAGAUAUUCCUCGCUCAAUGUGGAGAUUGGUUUGUAACCCAGUAUAUGUCAUAACCUGUCUUGGAGCUUGUAUGGAGUUGGUUAUUGUAUCGGGAUUCGUCGUCUUCUUGCCUAAGUACCUUGAAACACAGUUUAGCCUUGGAAAGAGUCAAGCAAGUGUAUUUACAGGCUCUAUAGCGAUUCCAGGAGCUUGUAUUGGCAUAUUUAUGGGAGGAUGUUUGCUGAAGAGACUUGAACUAAGACCAAAAGGAGCUGUACAGUUUGUUUUGAUUUCAAACACUGUUUGCCUCGCUUCGUACGCUCUUUUAUUUUUCCUUGGAUGCGACAAUGUAAAAAUGGCAGGAACCACAAUACCAUACACCAACAGUUCUCGGCUAGAACCAUUCACCGUCAACCUGACUGCUGCUUGCAACUUUGGCUGUGAGUGUCAUACAACAGACGUAGAACCUGUUUGUGGAAACAAUGGCCUAACAUAUUUCAGCCCGUGCCAUGCUGGAUGCACUGCUUUAUCUUCUCGAUCCAAUUACACUAACUGCGCAUGUAUCCAUGGAAAUGUUAGUGGUCUUAGUGCUCCUUUGUCCGAUUUUGCUGAAGUUACUGUAGUGCCUGUCGCUACAGCAGGGCCAUGCAACUCUCCCUGCCACACAAUAUUUCCAUUCCUAAUUCUACUUUUCUUCAUGACAUUCAUUGUUGCUGUGACGCAGAUGCCACUUCUUAUGAUUGUCUUGAGGUCAGUAAACGAAGAAGAAAGAUCUUUUGCCCUGGGAAUGCAGUUUGUAAUCUUCAGACUUUUUGGAUACAUACCAGCACCGAUACUUUUUGGUAAUCUCAUUGACUCUACAUGUCUCUUCUGGAAGUCCACUUGUGGUGAGAAGGGUGGCAGAUGUCUCUUGUAUGAUAUAGAACAAUUUCGAUACAGGUACGUGGGAUUAUGUGCUGGUAUAAAGUUGCUCGCUCUAUCUCUAUUUUUGGUUGACUGGUGGCUCGUAAGGAGAAGAACUCAUCUUGAUGACUCUCAUCCUGCUCUCACUGUAACCGAUCUUGUGACAACAGGCUCCAUCAUCAGUUUGGAUAAGUUGUUUGAAGAGAAGGCAACACUAUCAAACUCAAGCACUGAAAGUGGAGAAAGAGGCCUAGAGCAGUGUGAAGCCCAGCUAAUGGAAGCUUAGUUGCUCAAUAAUGUCAAUUUAGGCAAAUUUACAUUUUAAUUUUUGAUUAUUUUAAAUUUCAAAAUUUUAACGAAAAAAGAAAAAAAUGAUAUUUAUAUAUGUAUGUAUAUUGUAUUAUAUAUAAAAAAAGAUCUAAUUUUAAACUAAAACAUGUAUAUAAAAGAUUUAAUAUUUUUUCUUUUUUAUUGUUUUUAAUAUGAAAGUGAACCACUUUUUAAAAAAUGGUGAACCAUUAUGAUGGGUGUUGAAAUACCCUGUGUUAUUUAGUUUAUAAACUGAUUUAUUUUUAUGCUAUAUGGCAGAGCGAUACGAUUGCCAAGAGUUUUUCAACUCAUACUACAAAGACUGUGAUUGAUUUUGAUUAUGUGAUGUUUUUAAUUUAAGGUGGAAGAUUGUCGACUGGUUGUACUUAAGCAAACAUAGUGUUGGUCUUAACAAUUAAAAUUUGGAUUGGAACCUCAGUCACAGAAUUUAUACAACAAAAGAAUUUUAUUGUUAUUGACUAUUUAAAUAUAAAAAUUGUGUAAAUACAAAAAAUAUAAUGUGCAUCUUGCACAGUGCCUUAAACAAAUUGCAUUGCAACAUUGAUAAUAUUAAAUGAAGGUAAUUAAUUUCAGUCAUUAGUUGUGUAAGAGAUGUAUUUAGAUUGAUGUUAAGAAAAAGCACUUGUUGCGUAGAUUAAUUUAAACCUCUCAAAAUUAAAUUUAUAAUGAAGUUCUCAUUCACUCAUGAAAUGCUAAUAGAUCCAAGUGGCUUCCCUUUAAAUUGUUUAUUUAAUUUUUUUUCUGUUAAGCCAAUGCAAGCAAAAUGAAUCCGAAUUAUGAAAUUUAUGUUAUUUUUUUGUAACAAAUAAAACUUUAACGUAUUGAUAUAUAAAAAAUCUUAUGAAAAAAAUAACAAAAAUUUUAGAUUAAUUUAUAGUUAAAUACCAAUGUCAUUAUCGUACUCAUUUUUUUUAGUAUAUAUUUUUUAAUAUAAUGUAUUUUUAUUUAUGUUAUUAUCACUUUAGACCAUUGUAUGUAUUAUUAAUAAUUUCCAUUUCUUAGUAAAUUUUAAGAUGUUGACUUCAGUGAAGUUUAUAGAACGUACAUAGUUCCAUCAUCAGUUAUAGGAUGGUAAUUUGAUGUAGUACAUAUUGCAAAUGAUUUUUUAAUGUUCUUAAGUCGUGUUUUAAUGUUAAUAACAAGAGCUGUGUAGAUUCUGUUAUAAUGAUCAAUGUUAAAAGAUAAAGUACAUAAUAUAUAUGUCAAUAUUGAGUAAACAGGUAAAUAGUUUUUGAUCAUUCCAUAAAGUCCAUUUAAUGGGACAUAUCAUUAGAAUAUGAAUUCAAAAAAUUAUUUUAUUUUACUUUUUUUUUUUUGUAAAAUGUGUAUGUCAGGUAAAUCUGCUGAUCUACAUAGAGCAGAUGCCAUUCAUAUUGAAUGUUUCAAGUGAUGUAGGUUAUGCACUUUAUAUUGAAAUUAAAUAAAUAAAAUAUUUAAAAAAAAUAAAUUUUAAAAAUUGUUAUAUAUUUAAUUUUUCCCUUCUAGAAGU